UGAGGAUCAGAUAAUAGCAGCUCCUGCAGUUGGGAGUCAGUAGUACAGCUCUCUGAGUUUUGUUUUGGGUAUUAGUCAGUAUUAUCCAGCAGAAUGAGGGUGUUGUGGAUUUGUCUCCUGAUGAUUGGAAGCAUCAACUGCCUUCCCCAAGGAGGUGUCCCAAAUAUGGCAGUCCCUCGCUCCAUGUGGCUUCCUCCUUACUAUGGGCAAGAACCAUCUAGACCAUCCUAUGAAGAGCCUUCUGGACAGUACGGUGGUUAUCCCACCUUCCCAGGAUCUUACAGCCCGGAGCCUCAAACUGGGGGCAGUGGAAGUCCUCCCAUGUGGUACUCUGCUUCCUAUCCUGAACAAGAGCCAGCCAAGCCAACUUAUCAGAGACCAGCACAGUCCAGUGGUCACGGCAGCUAUGGUGGUGUUGACAGCAGCUACUCUGGUUCUGGAUCUCAACACUCUGGUUCCCAGGGCGCUCAGUCUGGAGCUCCAGGCAGCCAGCACCAGGUUGAACAGGAGAGCUGGAGCUCCUCAUCUGACGACGAGGACGAGCCAGAGUUCACUCCAGUGAGCGAGGAGGAUCAAGUGUACGCUUUCAAGACUCGCUCUCGCUACAACCAGAAACGGCUGCUGUUCAGUCAGUUCCGCUACACCCCAACAGAACCCCGUGUUCCUCAAGAACCAGUGUUCCCGUACCCCAGCAAGUCUCAUCAGGGCAAAAGUUCAGCCAAGGGCAGCCGCUAGGAUCUGUCAUUUCAGGAUCAUUAAUCCAUGACUGCUGUGCAGGUUUUCAUGUACCAGUCUAAUAAAAUACCAUUCCUGAAAACUG